AUGGAUUCACGCUCCAUUAAAGACAAGGUCAUAGUCCUCACAGGAGCAGCUUCCGGAAUAGGCCGGGCCACUGCUGUGCUGCUAGCCAGCCGUGGUGCUUUGCUAUCGUUAGCAGACAUCCAGGGCCCUGCUCUCGAGGAGCUAGGCCUAGAGCUGGAGCGUCUGCAGAAGGAGACGUUCAGAGAAGAGACACUCAAAAGUCCGCUGACGACGGUACUUGACGUCCGGUCUCAGGCAGCCUGCACGAGCUGGAUCGAGAAGACGGUCGCUCACUUCGACGGCCGGCCGGUCUCGGGCGCGGCGAACCUUGCCGGUGUUAUCAGCCCUAGCAUCACCCUCGAUCGAGGAACCAUCCGCAACAUAACCGAUGGCGAGUUUGACUGGGUAAUGGAUGUAAAUGUCAAGGGCACGCUCAACUGUCUACGGGCCGAGCUGCCUCAUAUGGCAACAGGAAAGAAUGGCCGGGGCGGCGGCGCCAUAGUUAACGCGUCAAGCAUCGCGGGCAUCGUCGGAGUGGAACGAAACAGCCCGUACGUUGCUGCGAAGCACGCCAUUGUCGGACUCACACGCACGCUGGCCAAGGAAGAGGGCCAUAAUGCCAUCCGAGCAAAUGCUAUUUCGCCCGGCAUUAUUUCUACCCAGAUGAUGGCACACAUCGAGUCGAUUGCUGGUACCACGGAACUAUUUGGAAAGGGAGACCCGGGCGCCUUGGCUCGAAAAGGCGACGCCGAAGAGGUCGCGCGCCUCAUCGCGUUUCUCUUGAGUCCAGAGAGCAGUUUCAUCAACGGAACAGUAAUUCCUGUGGAUGGAGGGUGGAUGUGCUAA